AUGCUAACACCAAAAGAUGGUUGUAUUUUUUGCUCCAUUGCUUACGGAAAGACAAAUCAAACAGUCUGUUUCGAAACCAAUGAUUUAGUGAUAUUUCAUGAUCACUUACCGAAAGCUCAGUAUCACUUCCAAUGUGUUCCUAAAAAGCACAUAAGGAACGCUAAAUAUUUGACUCAUGAAGAUAUACCACUAGUUAUGGAUAUGAUGAAUUGCGGAAAGAAUUAUCUCACUAGUCAAUUGAAAUUGGACCCAGACGAUUUUCUGUUUGGAUUUCAUUGGCCACCAUUCAAUAGUGUCCAUCAUUUACACAUGCACAUCCUUGGACCUAAACAACUUAUGAGUUUUAAUCUAAUGUUUGAUCCGCGGUUUCGUAUUUUCCGAAAGGUUGAGAGAGUUUUGGACGAUUUAAAAAAGCUCAAAAUUGAAAGGAAGAAGUGA